AUGCAAAACGACGCCGGAGAGUUCGUUGACCUCUAUAUUCCACGUCGCUGUUCGGCAAGCAACAGAAUCAUCGAUGCGAGGGACCAUGCGUCCAUUCAGAUAGAUUUUGUUGAGAUUGACCCAACGACAGGCCGUAGCAGCGGAGACGUGACGAGGUACGCGAUAUGCGGUUCCAUUAGACGCAUGGGAGAAUCGGACGACUGUAUCAACAGGUUGACCAGGAAAGACGGUUUACUGUCGAAGUAA